AUAACAAUGUACAUCCGGCGAAAAAGUAAACAGAAUACGCAAUUCACAAACAAAAGAUUUGUCUGGUGCCGUGCGAGCUUAAACAUUUCGUAAAUUAUGCCAUACUUGGGCCGUGACUGGCGAUCUCCCGGUGACGAAUGGGUUCGGACAAAAGAGGGAUGGGAGAAGUUAAAACUCUGGCGAGUUAAAGUGUUUGAAAACCUGAAUUCACACUGUCUUGCGAGGUUACUCAGAAUGGCCCUUGAAGAAUGGGACACGUGCUACGACGACCUUCACAAUGUUCACAGACCCUACAUCCGGUACAUCAGGGCUACAUCGCGAGAACAGAAGACAUUGACAAGUAUUAGUGAAGCAUUUAUACACCUAGACAUGUCAACUGCUGGAAAAGAUCUGAGGAGAUUUAAUUAUGUAAACAAGCUGCUGAAACUCCUGCUGUGUGACAAAAUUGCCCAUCUCAGUGGAGCUGUACAAAAACAUAUUUUCGGUAUUAUGGAAGACAUGGUCACUGACGUUAUUCGAUCACAGAACAAUGUGACAGAGAUGCGCCGUCUGGUGAAUUUCGCUGCACGAGCUUUGAACGAACACCGCACAGAUCACAUCGGAAGUUCACAUUUAUGGAACAGUCACUACCAGUCGGUAAACAGAAUGGCAACAAAACUGAGGAAAUUCAAAGUAAAAGAGCGUAAAGAUGAUGGCAAAUUAACAUUUAUGGAUCUUCCGGAGGAAUGUAAACGUCACAUUAUCACCACCCUGCCCGACCACAAGGACAUCAUUCAUCUUGGUCAGACCAGUGCAUCAAACCAUGACAUUGCCAAUGAACAGUUACUAUGGAAACAGAUGUGCUUCUUUCAUUUCAACAAACGUCAGAUAUUGAACUUCCACAACCAGAAUGAUGAUGAAUCUCACACAGACUGGAUGUAUAUUUACAAAAGAUGUUACUUACGGUAUGGUAAAAAAGAAGUGUAUGCUGAUAUGCUGGCCAUCUGUAGACAUUGUAAUAACAUAUUCUGGCAGUCAUUGGGCCACCCAUGUGUCAGUGAUCUGCCACCAAAGUGCAAGAUCUUGAAGCCGGAAGAGUUCAUUGCACUGUUCCAAUUCUGAAGACCUACUGCUGAGCCCUAAUAUCAAUAAGGCAGUUAACGCAGCAACAUGUUUGUACCACAACACAAGAUGCUCAUAGGAGCUGUUUUAUAACUAGUCUAUGUUUUAAUGACAGUUUUAUUUAAUAGGAUAUUCUGAUGUUAGAUGGAUGCUAUAAUUUUAACAACGAAUCACGACUUACUACCUUAUUGACCAAAUAUGAUAGGUCAUUGUUCCUACUAUUUAUUAUAAUGUCAGGAAAAAUGAAGCUUGAAUUUACAGCAACAACUGGAGAAUAUUAUAAGAGAAACUAACACACAAAAAGAACUCGGAAAUGGUGUUAAAAUCUAAGAAAACACUUGUGUCAGACUGAAGCUUACGGGGUGAGGGCAGCACUCGACAGUACAUGUCUACAUGACAGUUCUUUUGUUUGUUUUGGAUUAAGCACUUUUUCAACAGUAUUUCAGUUAUGUAAUGGUGGGCAGUUAACCAGUAAGCCAAGUGUAGCUGAAUUCUAGGCCAGUAAUAACUUGUUUCCGAACAGUUUCUGCAAAUCAGAGGUGGAGGACAAAAUUAAUGAUUAUUCUGGACACUAGGUUUUUCAUCAAAUUGUUAUAGAGAACAUGCAUCUUGCCUGUGAAUCAAACUCAUAAGCUGGCAUCUGUAGAUAUGUGCUUUUCCUGUUGAGUUAAGCCGGAGAGGUGUGGGGUUGUGGCUACAUGACAAUUAAGUCAGCAUAUGAAUAAUCACUAUAAAACUGUUUUGAGUUAUUACAUGCUAAGGAAACUAUUACAGAAACUAUUUCAGAAACAAGUAAAGUGAUUUUCUUUUCUUGAAAAUUCCAGUCUAUCACAUAUGAAGAUAUUCCUACAUGUGCAAUAGUUUAAUAUUGUUUGAGAUGUCAUUUUAGUCUUUCAAGUUUUUAUUUGAGAACAGAUUUAGAACCUUGUGUUUUGUCUGUAGAGAAUUUAUUCUGUGUUCAUAGGAUCUGUUAUAUAACCGAGUGACAGAUAAUGUAUAUAACCUAGUGACAUCAAGUUUGCAAAGUUAACAUAUUAUAUUUACAUGUUUAUAUUAUACUCCUACCUAGCUGCAAGCAAGUAAUGGCACUAUAUAAGAAGCUUUCCCUUGUUGUACGCACAAAUCAGAAUAUCCAGCUUCAGGGUAACGGUUGUAAGGUGGUAAAGAGGUUCUGCUACCAUAACAGUUAACCAAGGGCUGGUCCUGGCUGGAUAUUUCUAUUCGCACAUUCAACCAGUGAUAGAUUCUUUUUCUUGCAUACUCAUUUCUACAAAGAAUAGAAAAAAUAAAGAAAACAAAUAACUAAUUCCUUUAUGCACUACUUUCCAACAGUAUCAUAUGAAUUUACGCAUUCAUGAAUGAUUUCAUAAAUGAUGUUAUGAUCAUUUACAGCAUUACUGUGAUCCUUUGAUGCUGAGAGUAAGAAAGAUUAUUUCAAGCACUGGACUCGCCUGUAUGGUAUGCAAGAAGAAAAGUUAUAAUAAGCAAAUGCUUCAAAAAUAGUGCUACAGAUUUUGGAUGGAUUUUGUUAUUGUUUCGUAAAUAUCUUGAUUGAAUAGCUCAUGUAAUUUCUUUUACUAAAUGUACAUAAAAGUGUUCAAACCCCGAAAAAUAAUUUCUUUUGCCAAGUUGUAACUGAAAAUUUAAAGGGACAUGCCUACAGAUGGACAUUAAAAUUUAAAAAUAAAAUAAAAUAGCAAAUAACAAAAGUCAUGAAUUAGUAUAGCUGAAUUUGGUUUUUAAGAGAAUGAUAUAAAAUACAGCUUAAUUCCAUAGAUUCUGAAGCUAUUUUCAAAUGUGUAACUUGCACUUUUUAGAAAGGUUACAGACUCAAGAGUGCUUACUGCACAGAACUUGCUGAAGCACUAUUUUUAUACGCCCGUUUGAAAAAACGGGACGUAUUAUGGGAACGCCCCUGACGGGCAGAUUGGCGGGCGGAUGGGCGGGCGGGUGUCGUCCACAGACCUUGUCCAGAGCAUAUCUUCUACAUGCAUGGAGGGAUUUUGAUGAAACUUGGCACAGUUGUUCACCAUCAUGAGACGGAGUGUCAUACGCAAGAACCAGGUCCCUAGGUCUAAGGUCAAGGUCACAUUUAGAGAUCAAAGGUCAAAUUCAAGUAUGACUUUGUCCGGAGCAUAUCUUCUUCAUGCAUAGAGGGAUUUUGAUGAAAGUUGGCAUGUGCAAGAACCAGGUCCCUAGGUCUAAGGUCAAGGUCACACUUAGAGGUCAAAGGAUACAAGAAUGAAAACUUUGUCCAGAGCAUAUCUUCUUCAUGCAUAGAGGGAUUUUGAUGAAAGUUGGCACAAUUGUUCAUCAUCAUGAGACGGUGUGUCAUGCGCAAGAACCAGGUCCCUAGGUCUAAGGUCAAGGUCACACUUAGAGGUCAAAGAAUACAAGAAUGAAAACUUUGUCCGGAGCAUUUCUUCUUCAUGCAUGGAGGGAUUUUGAUAUAACUUGGCACAAAUAUUCACCACCACAAGACGGAGUGUCAAGCGCAAGAACCAGGUCCCUAGGUCUAAGGUCAAGGUCACACUUAGAGGCCAAAGGUCAGAUACAAGAAUGACUGUCCGAAGCAUUUCUUCUUCAUGCAUAGAGGGAUUUUGAUGUAACUUGGCACAAUUAUACACCAUCAUGAGACGAAGUGUCAUGCGCAGUUCCCUUCUUUAGAAUUACUUCCCUUUGUUGAUACCCAUAAAUAGCUUAUAUUGUAACUUUUUCAUUACUAGACGUAGGGAAAAAUCGAGACCACUUUUCUGUAGUACAACAUGCAUGUUACAUCCAAUUUUGAGGUGUAUUUUGACCAAUCUCUACCUGGUAAGGAUUUUUGUGUGGACUUAAAAAAAAUUUUUUUGUAUUUUUUUUUUUUUUUUUUUUUUGUAUUUUUUUUUUAAGAUUAACUUCCCUUAGUUGUUACUAUAAAUAACUUAUAUUGUAACUUUUUUAUAAUUGACCGUUGGGAAAAACCAAGACCACAUUUCUGUGGUACAACAUAGUUGUUACUUUCUAAUUUUAGGUGUAUUUUAAGGUAUCUCUACCUGGUAAGGAGUUUUUUUGUGGACUUAGAAAAACAAAAGAAUUACAAUGAUUACUAAACAACCACAAAAUCAACAUUACAUCUGCAAAUACAGGCGCUAGAGUAAAUAAAUUUGCUGUGACGGGUGUAUAUUGUGACAUUCUGGCAUUCUUGUUAUUUUUUAGUCUCAAUUUAUAAAGCACUUUCUAAAUUUCGUAAAUGACAUAAAUCUGCAAAAAGUUGACAUAAAUCUGUACAAAUUUGACGUGAAUCUGGAGACAUGUCCCAUUAAAUGAUAAUUAUUUAAAGACAGAUUGUUUGAGAAUGAAAGCAGGAAUGUUGUAUAUAUUUAUUAUUAAGUACUUAGUGCUUCUUUAUACAGAAUCUACCUGGUGUAUAUAAUACAUGUAUGUAUAUAUAAAGUUUAUGCUUCACUCCUUUUACUGUACAUUGAGAUUUUGUGGGCUGUGUUAUUGCAAAAUCAGGUAUUUUUGUUGGGUGAAAAGUUUGCUGUAAAACUCAAAUUGGUGAGAAUAUUCUUGUUAUGACCAGCUUUUGAGAAAUAUAGGGCUAUUCAUAGCAGUCAGAUCACUUUUGCAAGUACUUAUUUUCAGGAAAACAGACAGGGAAUAUAGGCAAAGUAAUUCCCUUGCAAAAAAUCUGAUUUUACAGGCGUUGCUUUAUAGAUCAGGGACUGUAUUUUCAUUAAUGUUAAUGCCACUCAUUGUUAUGUUUUUAUUUAUUCCAGCUAUAUAUGUCCAAGAUUUUGCUUUUUAUUUGUCUGUCUUUUGUUGAUAAACUGUUUGUAUAUAAUAAUUA